GGGGCGGGGCGAGUGAAUCGAGGAGCCCAUGCUCUACAUUUCCUCUCACACAGAAGCAGCAGCUGCUCCUGGGUCAUUGUCAUGCAGUCUAUUAAUAAAAGCACAGCAGUGAGGGUGAGGUGAGGAGGCCUACGCAUCAUCACUUCUGCUUUUUGACUCAACCAGCGCGUGCGAGCGACUUGGCACAUCAAAGCUGCUGCUGCUGCUGCUAAAGGAAGAAAAGAAACGCCCUUCGUCCACCUUUUUCUUUCCCAGUUCGUUCUACAACCACCUCUUUCGCAGGUGCUAUUGUCUCGGCCACCUUUCACCCAGCUGGCGCACUCGCUCCUCCGCUGGCGCAUCUUGGGCGCACGGGCGUCUGCAGCUUGUUGGUAAACACGAAUCGGAACCCAGCGGCAAGGACUCUCCGUGACGCAUUGAUGCACCCGUUCCAGUGGUGUAACGGUAGCGCCUUGGCCCCCCUUUGUGACCGAUCCGAGGACCAUGCGCGUGCCGAACCCCGUGUCGAUCACGAAUCAGUGAUGCUCCUCUCAGUCUCCUUUAAGAGCUGAUUAAAGACCCGACUCAUGUUUGAUGUCUCUGCUGACCAACGCCUCUCGUUGAGCGAAGCAUCUUGAACGUGCAGCCAUUGAAGAGCUUCCAUUAAUGGAGAUGCUCUCCUCAUUCAGGGCGGAUGAAUCAAGAGGAGGAAACUAUUGAUCAUCUCAUUCGGCCACUCUCGCUCCAGGUGUUGGAUGGAAAUGUCAGGGUGUUCCGCUGAAAGGAUCGACUACAAAUGCCAGGAAAACAAAAAGUGAUGAGGGACUGAUAAAAACAAGAAACGUCUCCAUUCAUCACUCCGCUUCACCCGGGGAUGAUGACAGCAACACGGACAGCGACACUGACAUCGCCACAGAAAAGGGUGCUUCUGUGGUCUGGGACUGGUUUACUCCAACAAGUCGUGCGCCAUGCCGCCCAUCACCUUCCAGGAUCUGCCUCUCAACAUCUACAUGGUCAUCUUUGGGACCGGCAUCUUCGUCUUCAUCUUGAGCCUCAUCUUUUGCUGCUAUUUCAUCAGCAAACUACGGCACCAAGCACAGAGUGAGCGGUUUGGAUACAGAGAGGUGGUUUUAAAAGGCGAUCCUAAAAAAUCAAGUCUUCAUGGGCAGACCUGCGCCGUGUGUCUGGAGGACUUCAAAGUGAAAGACGAGCUCGGAGUGUUGCCAUGCCAACAUGCCUUCCACAGGAAGUGUUUGGUGAAGUGGCUGGAGGUGCGCUGCGUCUGCCCCAUGUGCAAUAAACCCAUAGCCGGCCCCCCCGAGCAGCAUCACAGCAUAGGGACUCUACUGGAUGAGCUGGUAUAACCUCUGACCCCUAAACCAGCCGCCUGGGUGGGGCUCCGUCGUUCCACCACUCCAGCUGGUUCAAGUUGGUGACCAACAUGAGGAGGGACAAUGUUUUGCUGUCAAAAUUCAGCAAAGCACCGACACGGGGUAACCUAGUUACCACCUGGAGGAAGCCUCUGAAGGUUCUGUUGCCUGGCAACAACGUCUGAUGGCAACACGACACCUUACAGUGUCUGAGAGAUUAUCUUCAGCCACCCACACUUCACUCCACCGCUCUUCUUUCUGUGCACACGUUCCUUAACAUCCUCCACCGCGGCUGCCAGGAGGUUAACUCUGAAGCGGAGGAGGCGGUUUCUCCACGGCGACGUGGACAAAAUGAGCGCUGACAGUUGGAAGCGCUUAGCGGGAAGCUCUGUUUGAGUCUUACAUGUUACGGUGGGCGCAGGCGUGAAAUUAUAUCUGUAACAGCUCCUGGGAAACAUAAAAAUAACACCAGCAGACAACAAGCUUGUGAGUUAUCUCAGAUGUUCCGGGGGAAAGCCUCGCUCUGUCUUUGUCAGUGGUAUCGAGUAGUUUUUAAGGGUUUGUUUGAUAAAAGUGGAAAGAGAAAUAAACGUGUUUAUGUAAAAAUGCUCUACAGGGCUGAUAAAACUGUUCCUAACACCUAAAUGAAUCCCUAGCGGUAAAAAAUAAAAUGUGGGACUUCACAUUUCAUCACUUGUAUCUAAAUGCUUCAUUUUUCAUGUGUAGCAAAUUUUCUCAUCAAGUUAAACCAACUAAUUAUUUUAAAAUGUUUACAAUUAAAUCCAACUUGAACCCCCAACAGUAAUUUUACAAUAUUUCUAAACUAAUGUAAAUGUUCCAGCUGUUUUUACUUCCCACUGUCAUGUUUAUUUUUACUGCCCAGAUCUGUUUUUGUGUCGGUAUUGAUGGAAAUAAUUAAAACAUCUCGUAACGUCACAGUUUUAAAACACGUUUAUACAUUUUUCCAGAUUAUUGCACUUUGAAUUUUCCAAAAGAAAACGUUUUUGUCUGGUUUUGUUUGCAGCACCGCAUGUUCUUUGUUUUUAAAUCCGCAGAUUUACAAAGCCGUGAGUAACCAUAAAACUGAAAAAGAAAGAAAAGGAAAUGCAGGAUUGAGUUGCAGUGGACGAUUCUGUUGGGUUUAUUCUCCUGAAAGCAAAACACUGCCUCAGUUGAGCACAAAACUCACAAAGCACACCUGAACACAACCGGCACCCUAAUCUAAAUGUUCACCAUCAAGAAAUUCUGCUGCAUUCUCUGCAAAUGAGCAAAAGAAAAUAAGUCUUCUCUUACUGUGCACAUUCCACUUUUUGUAAGCCAACAGAUGUAAAUAAAGUCUUUGUUUGCUCUGCU